CUGUUUUAAUUUAUGCAUUGCUGCAAAGACAUCACAAUAUUGUAAACAUGCAAAGAAUGAAAAACUUUCACCACUUUGUACCAAUUAUUUUCCACCUUUUUCUCUAUUUUCUUCUCUCCAAAACCAUAGCUGCAACAGAUACCUUAACUCAAUUCCAGUCUCUAAGUGAAAACCAGACAUUAGUUUCCAAGAAUGGAGACUUUGAACUUGGUUUCUUCACUCUUGAUAACUCCACCAACAUCAAUUAUUACCUUGGCAUUUGGUACAAGAACAUCCCAGUCAGAACCAUAGUUUGGGUUGCAAAUCGUGAAAAUCCCGCCACAAAUCACAACUUUGUUGUGUUGCUGAUAAACAACACAGCAAAUAGCACAAUCCUCCUUACUCAGAAAAACAAGAACACUGUUCUAUGGUCUGUGAGCAUAUCAAGAAAACCCAAGAAUCCAAUUCUACAACUGUUGGAUUCAGGAAACCUUGUUCUGAGAGAUGAAAAUGAUGAGAAUGAAGAGAAGAACUAUCUAUGGCAAAGUUUUGAUUAUCCUGGAGAUACACUCUUGCCAGGAAUGAAGGUUGGGAAGGAUUUAAGAACUGGUUUUGAUUGGCGCGUAACGGCGUGGAAGAAUGAGAAUGAUCCUUCACCAGGAACCUUGAAUUGGGUUAUGGAUGUUACCAAUUGGCCUGAACCGAUGCAGAGGAUUGGAACAAUGAAGCAGUACAAUAGUGGUCCUUGGAAUGGAGUUCAAUACAGUGCCAAACCAACAAACAAGCCUAGCCCAGCUUUCGAGUUCAUCUACUUUGCUGAUGAAAACCAAGUUUACUACAUGUUCAAACUUGUUAACAACUCUGUCAAAGCUAGAAUGAUGUUGAACCAAACCACAAACAAGAUUAUGCAGCUUGUGUGGACACAAGGUGUUUGGAAGAUGUAUGGUUCGAUGCCAAGGGAUUUUUGUGAUGAGUAUGGUGCUUGUGGUCCUAAUGGGAAAUGUGACAUGGCUGAGUCUCCAAAUGAUUGUGAAUGUUUGAGAGGGUAUAGGCCUAAGUCGCCAAAAGAAUGGAUCGGAUUGAAUUAUGAAGGAGGUUGCUUGCGCGACAAGCCACUGAAUUGCGAAAGCGACGGGUUUAUCAAGUAUGUUAAGAUGAAGGUGCCUGAUACUGAGAAUUGUUGGUACUUAAAUCAGAGUAUGAACUCGGUUGAGUGCAGAGAUAAGUGCUUGAGGAAUUGUUCUUGUAUGGCUUAUGCGAAUUCGGAUAUUCGAGGAGAAGGCAAUGGUUGUGCUUUGUGGUUUGGUGAUCUUAAUGACUUGAGAGUUCAACCAAAUGCAGGGCAAGAUCUUUAUGUUAGAGUUCCUGCCUCAGAAUUAGAGACAAGAAAUGGAAGCAAGGUCAAGAUAGAAAUUGCAGUUGGAAGCACUAUUUUUGUUGUAUUAUGUAGCUUGCUCUUAGUUCUCUACUUCACUUGCAUAAGAAGAAGAAGUUCCAAGGCCAAAGAGAAUGCAGCAAUAAUGGAUAGUUUCAUUGAAGAACAAGAGGGUCAUCUAGAGCUUCCAUUGUUUGAUCUAUCUAGUUUAGCUAAAGCUACUGGUAACUUUUCAAUCAAUAAUAAGGUUGGGGAAGGUGGUUUUGGACCUGUAUACAAGGGAUUAUUGAAAAAUGGGCAAGAGAUUGCUGUUAAAAGACUUUGUAGAGGUUCUGUACAAGGGCUCAAAGAAUUCAAAAAUGAAAUUGCGCUGAUUGUUAAACUUCAACAUCGUAAUCUUGUGAAGCUUCAUGGAUGUUGCAUUCACAAUGAAGAGAAAAUGCUUGUAUAUGAAUACUUGCCAAACAAAAGUUUGGAUCUCUUCAUAUUUGAUCAAACGCGGAGAAAGCUCUUGGAUUGGUCGAAGUGCUUCCAUAUGAUUUUUGGGAUUGCAAAGGGGCUCCUUUAUCUUCAUCGAGAUUCAAGACUUAGAAUCAUUCACAGAGAUCUUAAAGCAAGUAAUGUCUUACUUGACAGUGAAAUGAAUCCUAAAAUAUCAGAUUUUGGCAUGGCUAGAAUUUUGGGAGGAGACCAAAUUGCAGCAACGACGCGACGAGUGGUUGGAACAUAUGGAUAUAUGGCACCAGAAUACGCAAUAGAUGGAAACUUCUCGGUAAAAUCUGAUGUCUUUAGCUUUGGCAUUUUGUUACUGGAGAUACUAUCCGGAAAGAAAAACAAAGGAAAUCAUUGGGAAAAUGAAAGCACGGACCUUAUUGGUUAUGCAUGGGAUUUGUGGACAGAAGAAAGGCCUCUAGAAAUUGUUGAUGAUAUCCUAAAAGAGUCUUGUAACCUCUCUGAAAUAUUGAGAUGCAUUCAGAUUAGUCUUCUUUGUUUGGAGCAACAUCCAUAUGACAGACCAGACAUGUCAUCAGUGAUUAUGAUGUUUGGAAGUGAAAUUCCCUUGCCUAAGCCAAAGCAACCUGCUCUAGUUGUUGGAGAAUAUGCAUAUCAAUAUGAUUCUGCCAAUGAAUUAAGUAUCGAAGUCUUAGAAUCUAGAAAUUGUGAACAGCCACACCUCAAAGCGUUGAAAAAAUAUAGGAAGCACUCGAUGGAAGUGCUUCUUUCUUUCAUCCUAAUCAAUCUUCAUCUCCUUCUUCUUGUUCUUCUUCCUUUCACCUACACCAGUGUCUCAGCAGAUUCUUCCUCUGGGUUGAAAAAUGACACCAUGUGUGACUAUUACAGAUUUUGUGGAGCAAAUGGGAACUGUGAUCUUACAAACUCAAAAAUAUGCGUGUGUUUAGAUGGUUUCACACCAAAGGACCCAACUUCCUAUGAUUCCUCAGACUUCAAAAUGGGAUGUGUUAAGAACAAAGCAUGGAAUUGCAGCACUGAUGUGUUUGUUAGAUACUCUGUGCUUCAUGAACCAAAUGGAACUUCUUCUUUGUUGAACCAACAAAGCUUGGGAGGUGAAGAUUGCAAGGGAAAGUGCUCUAGUGAUUGUUCUUGCAUGGCUUAUACUAUAAUUGGGACUGGUUGCAAAUUGUGGAGUGGUGAUUUGUUUGAUGUUAGGUUCGUUAAGGAAGGAGGUCAAGGUAUCUAUAUUAGAACACCAGCUUCGGAUAAAGCAGGGAAAAAGGGUGGUGGAGGGGGAAAUCAAGGUAAAAAUGAGGGAUUGGUCGUAGGAAUAGUUGUUGGCAGCACGAUAAUUGUGAUUUCUGGGAUGAUUGUGGCUUCUUGUUGCUUUCUCAGGAAGAGAACACAGUCAAAAGCAUUGGGACAUGUAAGGAUAAAUGAGAUGGUUAGUUAUCAAACUCAUACCAAUGAACAAAAGGAAGAUCUGGGGCUUCCAUUAUUUGAUCUGAAAAGAAUAGCUGUGGCCACUGAUAAUUUCUCCCCCAACAAUAAGCUUGGAGAAGGCGGUUUUGGCCCUGUAUACAAGGGUAUACUAGAUGAUGGGCGACAAAUUGCUGUGAAGAGGCUUUCAAGUAGUUCUGGUCAAGGCCUACAUGAGUUCAAAACAGAAGUAAAACUAAUAGCUAAACUUCAACACCGUAAUCUUGUAAAGCUUUUUGGAUGUUGCAUCCAAGAAAAGGAGAAACUACUCAUUUACGAAUACAUGCCUAACAGAAGUUUGGACUAUUUUAUUUUUGAUCAAACACAAGGGAAUGUUUUGGAUUGGCCUAAGCGCUUUAAUAUCAUUCGUGGGAUUGCUAGAGGCUUGCUCUAUCUUCAUCAAGAUUCAAGGUUGAGAAUUAUACAUAGAGAUCUUAAAGCAAGUAAUGUUUUGUUAGAUAAUAAGUUGGACCCCAAGAUAUCAGACUUUGGUUUAGCUAGAAGUUUUGGAGGGGAUCAGAGUAACGCAAAUACAAACAGAGUUGUCGGAACUUUCGGAUAUAUGGCUCCAGAAUAUGCUGUUAAUGGACAAUUUUCAGUCAAAUCUGAUGUCUUUAGCUUCGGAGUUUUAAUACUUGAAAUCGUAUCCGGAAAGAGAAAUAGAAAAUUUUAUUAUUCAAACAACAACGAUAGCCUAUAUGGGCAUGCAUGGGAUUUAUGGAAGCAAGGAAGGUCACUAGAGCUUGUAGAUGAAAGCCUCAAAGAUUCAUGGAAUUUGAGUGAAGUAGAACGUUGUAUCCACAUUGGUCUCCUUUGUGCACAACAAUAUCCCCAUGAUAGGCCAACCAUGUCUUCUGUGGUUCUAAUGUUGGGAAGUGAUUUUGAUUUGCCUCUACCUGAAAUUCCUACAUUUUUCAUUGUUGAACCUUUUGAUGCUUCAAGCUCCUCCACUGGUAAAAAUGACUUGAGCAUUACAGAGAUGGAAGCUCGAUAACCAAGAUCACAUAUAAGAUUUUUUUUUUUUUAGUCAUUAUAGUCGCAUUAUUUAUGUAGUUGUCAUCAGAUAUAGAUAGUAUAGUCAGAUUUCUGAUUAUAGUUGCAUUAUUUAUGUGUAUCAUAAAGUUUUGUAUAGUUGUAAUCAGAUACAGAUAGUAUAGAGUCAGAUUUCUCAAUGUUCUUCUAGAUAUUAUUACCAAACUUUUCUAUUUUUAUGUAAAGGCUAGAGGGUUUCUUA